AUGCGCAUCUACCCGGGCGUCGACCGCAUCGCGGAGCUCGCGGUCGUGUCCCUCGUGCUCGCGCACCUCGUCGCGUGCUUCUGGGGUUUGCUCGGGCUCCGCGGCGGCGACGGCGUCGACGACGACGCGUGCUACGCGGGCGCGGCCGUGCCCUUCCGGCGCUGCUCCUGGCUCCAGAUCGCGGGGCUGAACCGCGAGGGCGAGGGCGACGACAACUUCGACCUGUACGUGACCUGCCUCUACUGGGCCAUCACGACGAUCUCGACGGUCGGCUUCGGCGACAUCCACCCGAACAGCCCCGGCGAGAAGAUCUUCACGUCCGUGAUCAUGGUCGCGGGCGUCGGCAUGUACGCGAUCAUCAUC